UUUUCAGCCAAUGCGAGUCCUUCGGAACCCAACUAGUGGCGCUUUUACUGACGAAAGAGAAUCCGGAGCACGAGCCUCGUUAUCCUCCGCGCCAGAGGAAAGGAUACCGCCGCCGCCUGCCGCCAGUUGUCGCUGCCCGUCUCGCCGGACGGGAGGCCUCCCUUCUCGCCCGCCAUCGCCGGUGGUGCGUCCAUCCCGCCGUUAUCCUGCUCGCCUGUGUUCGCCCUCGCGCGCUCGCUCGGAUCAGUUCGUACGCUUUCGGGUCGUUCGCUGCAUUCGCUGCGUGGAUCCGUCGCGGACCCGAGGGGACUGACUUCGCGUACCCGUGGCCGGCGAUCGAGACGAGACGAGGAGUCGCGGAUGUUGACGGUCGCCCCCCCGCGAUCGCCGCGUUUACGCCGGACGGUUUUAACGGACGCGGCGGGAACGAGCGGACCUGCCGCCGCGGCGUCGACCGCGUCUUCCGGUAUCCUCGGACAACCGCCGUCGUCGUCGUCAACGUCCGGGACCGAAGGACCACCGUCGACACACCGGCGCGAGCUCCAGCGAGAUGAUAAGAACGAAAUGAGCGAGUCGCUCAAUACCGUCGUAAUGGAGACUUCGUAUCCCGAGCCCGAAAAUUGCCUGAAGGUCUCGCCGAUGUUGAACGUGGCGCGGCAGGACUCGGGCGUACCGGAGGAUCUCGCCUCGCCUCUUAACGGAGAGGAGGAUGCGGACCUCACUAUGAACAGUGAAUGCAACAUCACCGUUAUUCACAUCACCGAGUCGCAGAACAACAAGGCGAACGACAAGUCGCUGGCCGAGAAUAAGGACAGCAAGGACGGCAGCGACAGCGGCGUCGAGGGUUGCGCGACGGAAGUUCCGAGAGUACGCAGUAGAAAUAGCGUCGACUACACGAGUAGUUGCGGCGGCCUGGACGAGGCCUCUUGCGACUCCAGCCUCGUCAGUUGUUGCUCGGUGUACGAGGACGCGUGCGGUUCCACGUUGCCGGACGAUGCGCGGCUAGGUACUACUGGCGGCGAAGGCACGAGCGAGGGCGGCAGCGAGAGCUCGUCCAUCGCCGGCAGCGUGUCCGUGCGAACGAGCCGUAUGAACGUGAAGAGGACCGCGACGACGUCCAGCGCGGCCAAGAAGAAGAUCACGGGCGGUACCGAGUCGCAGAAGUGCGUUCGCGCGAAACCAACGAGCACGACCGCGAGCGCGAGCUUGGGCGCGACGACGCCGCGGUCCAAGUCGCGAACAGCAACGCCUAGAAACCUAAUGGCCAAGAUUCCAGGUGCGAGCAGAGAACGGGACCAUCGACCACGAUCGAAGGAGAAAUUGAGCGCCCGGGAAUCGAGCGCCUCCCUCGUCUCAGACGUCACCAAGACGCCUGUUGGUAGCCGUGGUACAGCGACGUACGGCUGUCGGUCCAGCAGCAACGUAGUGUCCAAUUCGGUAGCCACUCCCACCUCGUCGUCGAUCGCGAAGACGAGGACGAGAGUGCUGCCCGACUCGUUGCCGUCUGCGCUGACCAUGGAGAUCAACAAGGAUCUUGCGCAACGAAGUGGGAGAAUCGUCAGGAGCGAUUCGUCGAGAUCGAGGACCGCGUCCAGCACGCGAGGAGCGCGCACGCCGGCGUCCACGCCGUCCGAGGAAACGAGAGUGAAGAUACCGUCCUUGGCAACUCGAACGCCCUGCGUGAAAAGUAUCGGCUCACGCGCCGAUAAUAAAACUGCUGGUCAAGAUAACAAGGCGCUCGAUACGUAUGCAACGUUGCCGCGUAGAAACAGAAAUAAACUGACGAUCUCGAAAGUUGGAGAGAAGACGGACAAGGCGGCCAGAAGUCGAUCUGGAAGUCGAGACGUUAGCCUCAGCAGAAGCGUUGAGAAGAAAAGCACCAUUGGGAGGGAUUUGUCUUCCGUUCACAAAAGUCUGCCGCCUUAUCCCAGGCAAAGAAUCAUAGAAAGGACUCGCAUAUAUCACGAGACCAGCGCGCAGACCGGCUUGACCGGGCAGGACAUCGAGAAGGCGAUGUCUGGGCAACCGAACGCCAUCGCUGGGCCCGAGGUUAUCGAGAGACUGCACAAGGAUUGCCAAACGGAGGACGCGUGGGACGACGUACAGACUCUGCAGGAUAAUUUGAGACGCUCGAAUGAGACGAGCAGCAGUCUGCGGGAAGAGAACGAGAGAUUGAAACUUCAGCUGGCCGAGGCGAAUCGUCUUCUAGAAGAGGAACGGGCCGACCACGCCUUUGCACGUCAGGAACUCGAUAGGAACGCGCAGCGGGUACUGGCUAUGCUGGGAACGCCGCAAUCGGAGCACGCAGAGGGCAGCGACAGCUUCCUCGAGCUCGAGUGUCAUAUACAAUCUUCGGGACAAGUUGUUGCUAAUCAGCAAGUUGAAAUAGCUGAUCUGCAAUCGCUCUGUCGUAUGUUAAGCAGGGAUUUGGACAAAAGUCUAGCCGCGCAGAAGGCCUUGCUGCAACAGCAACAAGAAUUGGAGGCCGAAUCAGCUGAGAUGCAAGAUUUUCUCCAAGAGGAGAAGGCCACCUUGGUAGACGCGCUCAAAGAUGCCGAGUUAGAACUCAAGAAAAAAGGCGGAGCCUUAACUCAAAAAGAAACGGAAUUGGAGAGACAAACGGAGGAGUGUAAGCAUCUAGUGCGAAUUAGCGAACAAAGAAGACAGGAAAAUUUGUCAAUGAGUCUAAAGUUGAAUGCCGUUGAGCGGAGAAGCAGAGAACUGUUGCUCACUCAAGGCGCCGCCAUGUCCGGAGCGGCUGUAGCUCUUUCCGGGCUCAGCACUAGAUUGGAAGGAUUGGUAGAUCAAUUAAUUGCUUCUUAUAACAUCUCGGUAAAAGAUCUUGAAGACGUUAUAUAUCAUAACGAAGCGUACAGCAGAAGUAACAGUAGCGUGGAGUCUAGUCCGGUUAGUUCUAAGCAGAGUUUAAAGGAACGCACGCCGAGCCCGAAGAGCGGGUCCUUCGUUUCCGCGGUGAUCAGCGCAAUUCGAAACGCCGCGACGCAUCCCUUCGCGGCAAGAAACAUCGAUAAAAAGUCCGGCCUGGACUCGUCUAAACAGAUUUACAAAGAACUAAGUAUGGAAUCGUCGUCCGACUUGCUCGAUUUCGAAACUGAGCCAUGUUUGAUGAUGGAAAGCGUCCUGGAAGACGUACCUUUGCCAGACACGUACUCGCAUAACAUGAUAUCGAGCAGCGAUUCUCUACGUAGAGCACUGAGUUACUCCGAAACGUCGGACGAGCAUAAUAUAAGGAAGACAAAAUACGGCGAUGAGUGUACUAGCCUGACGAAUCUCACCCAGGCGAUCCUGCAUCGUCGUAAGGUGGAAGACGAAGGUGACGACGAUUGCGACUCCGUGAGCGAAUCUGAUACCGGGACCAAUGACGGUCCUAUACCUUUGAUAGAUUACUGUCCAUCUGUAGAUCUCGUCGAUCAAGUGAUCGAGGUGGACAAUCUCGUUACCAAACUUCUGAAAGUGCUACGAAUCAUACAGCUUGACAACGACACGUGUAUACAGGAAUUGAAAGAGGAGAAGUCUAAUCUAGAGAUAAAAUUAGAAGCCGCUAUAACGGAAUUGAACGAGCUUCGCAAGAUCAUCGAUAAUCUUCAUCAGUCGCCGGAGGAAGUCCUGAACAACGUGCCGGAUCGGCGACGUAGCGUUGUGGAGAAUUGCCGAAUUUUGCUCAAAGAGUUACAGAGAAAUGAACACGCCAGAUAACGCUAUCGAUUAGCGCGUCCCCUUAUUGAUACUAAGACAUCAUAUAAAUGCGUGGUACGACAUCGAGUUGAUCAUACACGUUAUAUUCUACGAGUACUCGUCCAGCAACCCUGCUGAUAUCCUAUCCCUGUGGAGAGAGGGAGAGAGAGAGAAAGAGAAAGAGAGCACGGUCCUCUUUAAACAUCUUAUUUGAAAUGGUUAUAGCUUUGAAACGUAGAACGAUGUUAUUGAGAGGAAAGGAGAAUAUCGUUUUCUUAAUAUAUGCUGUAGGCGGAACACUAUGUGUAUUGGAAUUGCGAGCGUUGAGGAGUCGCUUUAGUGCACGCUUGUGCCCCGCAUGCGACGUAUCAAGGGCGCCAAGAGAUUCGCCAACCGUACAGCUGGUUGCCUGGAACACGAAAGGAUCAACGUCGAGAGAGUGUACACUGUAUUAUUUUUAUAAUAAGAGAAUUGAAAAAUUACGCGUGAUACCAAUUGCAAUAAGAUUAGAAUUAAGAGAUUGAUAUAAUUAUAAUUAAUGUCAAUAAAAUUAAU